AUGGCGGUCGACCUCUCGGCGCCGACGGGCUUCGCUAGGCUGGCCCGGGCGUUCGUCGAUAUUGGGGCGGCUGGGCUUCUACCCCGGCUGCCCGCGGCGGGCGUGGCCUCCGUCGAAGAGGCCCUGUCGAAGGUCCUGGCCGGCGCCACAUCAUCGAACACCACGGCGGUGAUCGACGCCCGGCCCGACAUCCCGGUUCGACGGGCGGUGGUUCGAGCUUCAAAGUGGCUCGCACUGGAAGCGGCGCUGCCGGAGAACCGUGAGGCCGCCCUGGCGGAGGUCGAACAAAACAUCCUGGCGCGCUCCUCCCAGGCGCCGUUCCAGUCCCGCGUGCGGACUUGGAUCGAGAUGUCCGAGUCGUGGGGCCUGGAGCCCUGGCCGCUGACGGCGACCAACAUCAGGUCCGUCGCGGCGUCCCUUCGCCGGGGUGGUUACCGCUCGGCGCAGAACUAUUUCGACGCGGCGGUGACGUACCAGGAACACUUUAACGGCGUGCUGGUGGAGCCCAUCCUUAAGAAGGCCAUCCGGCGCUUCUGCAGGGCCAUCCGGCGAGGUCUGCCCGGCUCCAAACUCAAGGCGGCCUUUCCGGUAGAUCGCCUGGCGCCGCUGAUCGUGCCGAGCGACCCGGCGGCAGACCGGGCUUGGUCGCCCUGGGCCACGGCGCACGCGGCAGACCUCGAGGUGGCGGACGGCGAGGUCAUCCUCAAGAUACCUCUGCACAAGGUGGCCAUCGGCGGCGAGUCGGAGAUGACCUCCGCUGCGCAUGUCGCGGGGCGUGGGCCCGACUUUGCCCGGUGCACGCGGCGGCCCGCCACAUCGACCGCCUCCAGGCGGCGGGCCUGUGGGUUCACAAUGGACCGCUCUUUCCCGGACGGCGAAGGCGGCACCUGGAAGAAGUCUGAGGUGGUGCUCUUCUUCCGUCGGGUGCUACUGGCGGCGGGUGUGACCCUCACGACCUCGGACCACACCGGAGCGCUGGUACAGCUCUACGCUCAGCACCUGGCGAGAGUCGCCAGCGCAUCCUGGCUGGCGGGUCGUCGGCGGCGGUGGAGAAGUACACCCAGGCGGCACCGCUGGCAGUGGCGGAUCCUAUCCAGGGCCGCCCCCUUGGAGGCCGGCGGCCAGCCAAGGGACGCAGGCUACCGGAGCGCAGCCGCGGAAAGGCGCCCGGAGCGGGGCGACGGGCCCGCGGAGGGACCGGACGAUGAGGCCAGGCUGGCGGCCCCGGUCCCACCGGCCCACUAUUCUUCAACGCCAAGGGACGAAAGGUCCACGCGGCGGAUCACGGACCGACCGGCGAAGGCCGACUGGCGCAGCCAGACUUACGCACCCGGCGCAGCUUCUUCGGCUCUGUCCUCGGCAUACCGCUCUCUUCCCCUCCUUCUUCCGGCCAUCGACUCGACGAUGGCGGCGGCACCCUUGGUGGCUUCAUCCAUGGUGGCGUUCGGCGACCUGGCCACGUCGGCCGGGGCCGGCCCGGAGAUGCUCGCCUACCUGGCGGCGCGCUCCUUGGAUCGCACGGCCACCCUGGCGCUGGUGGCGGAUGAUUGGGCGGACGUCGACUCCAAGGUCUUCCGCCCCUACCGCGACGGCGUCAACAUCGGCGGUACUGCGUCACAUGUGGUGCGAAGCCCGGCGGCAGUGGGAGCUCCACAGCCAACCUCCGGCGGCACCACCGGCCGCCACGCCGACACCGGCGAGGGCAGUCCUCGCGCCUUUGCCGGCGGGCCGGCCUCCCAAGAACUUCCCGGAGUGGGGCCGGCUGGUCGACGCCUACAACAAGGUCUUGUCGGCGGCGAGCCGCGGGAGUUCCCCACCAUCCGGCUCCUCGGCGCCGAGGAGAUACUGGCGCGGAUGUAUUGGGAGCACACGGCGAGGAAGCUCUACACCCCCGUGGGCUUGGGGGAGCUCCUGGCGAAGCGGACGUUCUCCUCCACCGGCGUCGUCAACCCGUUGGCGACCCGGCGCUCGGCCGCAGCCUCCAGCCAGCUUUCCCUGGCGGACGGGGCCGGCCCUUCACACCCAGAGGGGUAUGGGGGGGUGGUCGACGGCCUGGAUGCGAUCCGCUGGGCAUGGAUCCUGCUCGAGGCGGUGGCGGACUACUGGGACGCCGCGGAGCACCGGCGAGCAGCGGAGAUGCGCCUCGGCAAAACGUUCAGAGUGACCACGGCCAUCAUGGAGGAUCACGGCGCCUUCAACGAGGCGAUGCUGGCCCGCCUGGCGCCGCCCAAACGGACGCCUCCCAAUCGCCCCACAGGGGGCCAGGAAGCGGCGGACUCGGACACGGAGCCGACCGGGAAAGGCAAGGGCAAGGGCGCGCCUCGGCGCUGA